AUGCCGUUCAUGUCGUACGCAGAUGCACAGGUCCGGAUAGCUGUCAUUACACAAGAGGUCUUGUCCAAGCUCUACACUGAGCGAAGAGCAGCUCGCUCGUGGGCGCAGAUGCACGCGAUUAUCACAUCCAUGAUGUCUGAACUCGAUGAGUGGGCUAUCGAAGCUGUGCGGCCGCAGGAACAGGAACCAAGGCCGCUAACGGAGCAAGAUGUCCAGCAAAUCAUGCUCAGAAAACUCUACUGUAGAACGAAGAUGUUCAUUACGCGACCCUCAUUGCGUCGCAUUGAGCGAUGCAGCGAGGCAGACACGCAAGAAUUUGAUUCGUUCGACCGUGAGGCUGCCGAAGCGUGUAUCAAGACUGCUCAGGAAUUCACGUCUCUGCUGCCCAGAGACUUGAAUUUGAAGAGCGUCUAUGAGCAGGGACCGUGGUGGGUGCUCAUGCACAACAUCAUGCAAGCCUUUGCAAUCCUCCUGAUCGGCAUAUCCUGUCGCAGACACUUCGACGCUUCCUACGACUCCUCUGUCGCCAGCGCAAAGUCACUCAUCACCUGGCUGCAAUACGUGCGCGACGGCAACGACACGGCUAAGCGCGCGUACCAGGUCGCGUACGACAUUGUAAAAGAUCCUCACCUGGCUGACCCAUUUGUCUGGGCGGACCUUGUCGACGCGUUUCCAGAUGAGCUGCAGACGUCCAUACAUCACGCACAUGACACCCAGGCGUACCUGUGGCCGGGCGAGGGACCGAGUGUACCGAAUCCAUUCGGGUACGCGGAGGACACAUACGGCUUCCAGCACUAG